UGCAGUAAAUGUGACUGACAUUUGAAUCAGUCUCGUUUUGUUUUAUUUUAAAGUUAUUUAACUCAAAAAAUCAGCUCAAAAUCACUGCAAUGAAUAGAAGUGUAAUGGAUUUCGAUGACGAAAAUGUAAUCAGUCGUGUUGCACCAUGGAAAAAUAAAGAGGAAUUUGAUAUGGUGUACGAUUGGUUAUUUGGAUCAAAUAGUAAUGAUGAAAGCAAAAAAUUGGCAUUAUAUCGUAUUAAGUUAUGGAAAAUGCGUCGAGGCAAUUUAACACCGGCCAGUAUUUUAAGUACAUUGUCAAUAUUAAAUGUACAAUUGAAGGAUAAAUUGGAGCGUCGAUUUUCUGACGAUGAACUAAGAUCAAUGUAUUCAAAUGCAUUCACUCGAUUUAUAAAUUAUAUGUCAUCAAUAAUGCGUAGCAAUCGUGUACAAUCAAUGUAUUCAACGGCUCGUGAAUUGGGCAUCGAACCGUUUUUAGUUGAUUUACGGCAUUUAUGUGCACAUGGUCAGGUGCUGCCAUCAUUGGAUAUUUUACGUCGAACAACCGUAUACUGUAUGAAUUGGAUGCGUGAAUUUUAUUGGGAACGUGAACGAAAUUUCAUCACCGAUGCCAUGGUGCACGAUGUUCAUUUGAAGAGUUCAUUGGAAUUGAAAACAUCAAUUGGUGAUUGGUUCGAUUUGUAUGAUACGGCAACGGAAGCAUUGAUUCUUGGCUGUAAAAAUAUUGACGAUUUAACAAAUAUAUUGCCAGAUCAACGGCUUAAUCAUGCAUCGAUCGAACGAUUACAACAAUUUUCCGAACAAUUUCGUAAUAAUAAACUAACAUUCAUUGCAAAUAAAUCCAUAAAUAUGUUGGCAUUGCUAUCAAAUAGUAAUGAAAGGGAUCGUGGCGAUGCCGAAAUCUACUGUGAUGUUUUAUUUGAAUGUCAGUAUUUUAUGAAACGUUCGGCUGAACAUUAUAAAACGUCAAACAAAGAUGAAAAAUCCAAAUUUAUCGGAAUUCAUCAAAAUCUAUUUCGUAUGCUUGCCAUUUGUGAUUUUAUCAACACCCUUUUUAUGCGAAUGCUCAACAUUUGUGAAGAUGAAUUGGAGGAUGAAUAUUUAAAAAAGGCCGCCAGUUUUUGGACCAACGAAAUUGCAACCGGAUUUUUAGUUUUCAAAGAAUUUAAAAUGCUGUAUAAAAUGAAACGGGAAAAGAAUUCCAAAUUUGAUGUGGAUAUGGCACCAAUUAACACAGACAUUAUGACCGAUGACAUUAAAAAGAUCUACAAAGAGCUCGGUGUUAAUUAUCGUGGCACACUAAUCUUUGGCGAUACAGUUCGGCGCCCAUGGUCGCUUCAAUUUGACUGUGACUUCCUCAUCGAACGUUCCACAAACAUCAAUGAAUAUACGGUCGAUAUUGUUAAAAAGUGUGUUCAACUUAUUGAGCCGGCUUUAAAUAAAACUCAAACCAAAUAUAUUGAACGAUUGCUUGCCAUCUAUUUGGAUGAAGAUACCUCAAUGAUCGAUCAAACAAUUCAAGAUGAUAAAAUCCAUACAUUAGAAGACUACACGCCAAAUAAUGUAAUUCAAACGACUGAAGCGCCAAAUGCGGAAGCAUCGAUUUGGAGACAAACACCAGACGGUCUCAACUGGAAAUCGUGUCCCAUUGGCAGCUUCCCAUAGCAAUAAUCAUUUUAUAUAUAAACACAUUGAAUUCAGUUAUUCAAUGAUGGCCUCAGCACAUACAGAUAAACUUGGAUUUGAAGUAUCCUUCAGAGAUAACAGUCGCAUAUAGAUUCACAUAAAAACGUCAUUGUUUCAUUUGACCGAAUGAAAAAUUAUAUGAACAAUUAUGUCUAGAUGAUAUGCUUCAUUAAAUGAACUUGAAACAAAAAACUCGAUUUCAAUGAUCGAACUUUGUAACCUUUUUUUACUGUAAAUUUAGGAUGUAUUUUUAUACGACU